AACCACCACUCGCCUCUGUCCCUCACGCGCCCCCCUCUCAUAUCGAAUUCCUCUCCACUCUGCGAGAGAGAGAGAGAGAAAGGCGAAGAAAACGCAGGAUCCAUCCAUCCAUCCAUCCAAUUUAGGGUUAGGCCCUGCCCCUAAUCUCUUUCCCCGAUCCAAGACGAAAACAUGGGCGCGAAUUCGAUUCCGACGGACGCAACCCUCGAUCUUGACGAGCAGAUCUCCCAGCUCAUGCAGUGCAAGCCCCUCUCCGAGCAACAGGUUAGAGCAUUAUGCGAGAAAGCUAAGGAGAUUUUGAUGGAUGAAAGCAACGUUCAGCCUGUCAAAAGUCCAGUGACAAUCUGUGGUGAUAUUCAUGGACAAUUCCAUGAUCUCGCAGAGCUUUUCCGUAUUGGAGGAAUGUGCCCCGAUACCAACUAUCUAUUUAUGGGAGACUAUGUCGACCGUGGAUAUUAUUCUGUCGAAACUGUUACGCUGUUAGUUGGCUUGAAAGUACGGUAUCCUCAGCGAAUCACCAUUCUUAGAGGAAACCAUGAAAGUCGUCAGAUUACUCAGGUUUAUGGAUUUUAUGAUGAAUGCCUGCGAAAGUAUGGCAAUGCGAAUGUUUGGAAGAUCUUUACUGACCUCUUUGAUUAUUUCCCACUGACAGCCUUGGUUGAGUCAGAAAUAUUCUGCCUUCACGGUGGAUUGUCACCGUCUAUCGAGACCCUUGACAACAUUAGGAACUUUGAUAGAGUUCAAGAAGUUCCACAUGAAGGGCCGAUGUGUGACUUGUUAUGGUCUGAUCCUGAUGACAGAUGUGGCUGGGGGAUCUCUCCUCGUGGUGCUGGAUAUACAUUUGGUCAGGACAUCUCCGAACAAUUCAACCACAGCAACAGCUUAAAACUGAUUGCUCGAGCGCAUCAGCUGGUUAUGGACGGAUUCAACUGGGCACACGAGCAAAAGGUGGUUACUAUUUUUAGUGCACCAAACUAUUGCUAUCGCUGUGGAAACAUGGCCUCCAUUCUCGAGGUCGAUGACUGUAGGAACCACACCUUCAUACAGUUUGAACCAGCCCCAAGGAGAGGAGAACCAGAUGUGACCCGAAGGACACCUGACUACUUCCUUUGAACACAGUCACCUCCUCUCAGCUGCGAAGUCCGGUUGCUAGUUUUUGAAGAUCUCUGCUUAUUUGAUUUGGUGCAACGCAUCUGUGUUCCAGGUUGCUUCUCUUGAAAAUCGAUUUGAGCUCCUCCCUUCGAAUAGUGUAAUAUAGGCAACUGAGGUCAAUGAACUUUAAAACCCCUAUGAAUGUUUGUGUUUGGUUGAUAUGAUUCAGCUCCCUUCUGCAUCAGAAUCUGUUGCAUGUGAGAUAUUAUUAUUUUGAUUUAUUACCAUUAUUUUCCCUUGAA